AUGUCGAAUCAUGUUGCAACUGCUGUAGUUAGUUCGCAGUUGCUAACGACUUGGCCGGAUAAAAUCACUCUGCAAGCUACGGAAAACUGCCCUGUUCGAUUUCACACGACGAUCUCCGACUCCGACGCCGAGUCCGACCUAGGGUUGGCGGGAUUUGUUAAGCGUUUAUUUACAAUAAACCAUAGCGUGAUAUAUCAUACAUGGCGCAAAUGUAUACGACGUCGAUUCGGAGCGCAUAUCAAUUGUUCCCGGCAGGGGAAAAGAAUCGUUACUCAAGACAGGGAAGUGAAUGGGUAUAAGUAUAUUAUCUUUCCUGGAUUAAGAAGCAGACUGAAAUUUAUUCGUCACGAUAAGGGAUUCGCAAGGUUCUCUGAAGAGUCCGGCAUGGAGAGUGCUGGUGUACGAAUAAAUAAUUCUAGAGUUCCCGAGUCACGUUUUACUACUGCUUGUCUUGUGCACAUGCGAUACGACUCUACUGUCUUUGUGCAUGCCGUUAGGUCCGAUCAAACAACUAGGUAA